UGUUGGACUUUUAUCGUUGACGGUUGUUUAAAACGGAUUUAUACAACGAAAUACUUUUUAUAACAUUACGAACUAAUAUUGCUGGCACCCAGUGUUAAAGCUCGCGUUUUUUAUGUUAUUUAUUUUAACUUUGGCAAUUGUUGCAUGCCACAAUGAAUUGUUUUAAACAUUGUUGUGAGUUACGAGUGAACGUAGUAAAAAAAUAGUAUCUGUUAAUUUCGCUCGCUGUAUUUUAUAUUGUGUGUUAAAAGGUUAAAAGAAUUUCAAAUGUUUUAAUACUGUUUGUUAAUUCUAAAAUCGUGAUUUGAAACUAAAAGAAAUUUAUAGAAAAAAGCUAAAAAACAACACAGUAAAUGGAUAAAAAGUCAAGAGGAAUGUGAAAAUAGUUGUAUGAUUAAAAAUGUUGAAAGUUUGUGUCAUGUAGAAAAUUGCUCCAAUUUUCAUGUUGUGUUGAAUUUUUAAGUAAUUGCUAUUUGAAUUAUCAAAAAAUAACGAAAAAACAAAAAAAUUAAAUUUCUUGGAAUUUUUGAAGAAGUUUCGCUGUUGUAUAUAUAAUUUAAACAUUGAUUCGAAAUCUACAACUACAAAAUUUGGAUAUUUAUUUACAUACAUGGGAUUAAUUUUAUUAACGUAAAGUGUUCCCUUAAAUUUCCUCCAACUCGUGACUCAUCUUAGAAUUUUUGAUGUAACACAAACCAAAAGGAUCUUGUAAUACAAACAUUAUGCUAAACAAAAACUACUUUGUUUUUUGAAUUUAUUUUAUUGAAACAAAACCAAAACCAAAACAAUCAAAAAUCUCAAGAUAAAUAACAUCCACUAAAUACGCAGGAGACAAAUCUUAUUGAAAAAUCACCAAGAAUCUUUAUCAAUGGCUGACAGUCGCGAAAGAAUACGAGGGCCUUCACGUGAUGGUCGUGAAUUUCUUACAAGUCCUCGUCAAGUUUUGAGACGUUUAAUGUUACUGUCCGAGGGUCGUCAAUAUCGUGAAGCUGCUGGUGUGGUUGGUCGUUUGGGUCCUUCUGUUUUGAGAUCUGUUAUUGCUGAACUGCCUAUAGAUUUGUUGUUGGAGCAUUUGCCGCACAGUGCUUAUUUAUUGGAAUCGUUUUUCUCAAGAUUAAUUGCUGUUAAUCCCUCCCCCAAACCCGAUGUACCCACUGAAGCUGUACUCUGGCAAUUGGUUAGAUUAUUCUCAAAUCCCCACGAUCCAGGGCUAAAGCAACGAUGUUCAAAACUCCUACAAUCUUUAGUACAAUAUGAACCGAAUUUAAGACAGACUAUACGUGAGACCCGCAAAUCUUUCAAUGAUGCCGUACAAGGUUUAGGUGUUCAUGGCUUAACAACAGAUUCCUCUGGUCAAUUGAUAUCUCUGCAUAUAGCUUUAAAAACAGAACUACAAAGACAUGUAGACACAUACAAAUUGGCGCUACACAAAUUGGAGGAGUUAAGUAUGAUCACCAUAAAUCAAGAUCCUGCACAUUCGUCACAUCAACGUUUGUUAGGCAUAAGUUAUGGUGAUAUACAACAGAGACUUAUCGAUAAUAAGACCCUAUUGACAAUACUCGAUAAACCAGCCUUAAAACAAUUAACUAGUCUCAUAGAAAACCUGUCACAAAGAGUGGAAAAUGAUAAAGAGGUCUUAAAAGCGGUGGGCCAGGUGAAAAGGGUGGACAUGCAAGCCAAUGUGGACAAAAGGCCAGCUGCUGGUUUGCUUAUGAACUUCUCACGUGGCUGUGAGAUUAUUUUACAAAUGAUGGGUGCCGAAGGUAUAGAGGUCACUCCAACAAAUGUCAAAAGUAUGGGUUCACCGAAUGGUAGCAGUUGUUCAGAUGGUUAUCAUUCAGAUGAUUCAGCUAAUGAGGAAAUAAGCGGCAUGGUUUCACAGUAUCGUUUAUUGUAUUUAGAAAAUAGGACAGAUACUUUGGAGGCAUUGGACAGUAUGCCGCAGCUGAAACACGUUCAUAAUUUAAAAGCGAAAAUCUUAUUCUCAAUUAUAGUGCUUUCAUUCCGUUUGUGUCAUGGUAUGCGUGAACGUAAGGUUAUGGAAGUAAGACGCACCUUAAAUUGUCCACUGGACAGUACAAAUGAAGUAACAUUGUCUUUGGAUCGUUCCACCCGACAACAUUUACACGACACCAUCGAUUCUUUUCCCUUGGGUGAAAUUGAAAGAUCUGUGUUUAAUCAGGUCCUUUCAACUUUACACGAAUACCCUUGUUUGGAAUCUUGCCCUCCCCUUAUACAUUUUGUCAGUGCUUGUGCACGUUUAGCCUGGAAAAUGGUUAAUCAAAAGGUGCCCUAUUAUUUGGAUAAUGAUUUUAAUUUGGGUUUUCUACGUCCUGAAAAACAUGAACGUCAUGCUCUAGCAGAUCGGCGCUCGGAUUUAAUACGCGCUUUUCUAUGGCCCGCUCUAAUGCAGAACAAUCAUUGUGUUUUUAAGGCAAUAGUAACAACUUGAACCAGCAAUAGUUCUUUUAAAUAUAAAAAAAUUUAUUAUUAUUAUAUUUUUUUAAUAAUUUUGUAAAUAUUUAUUAUUAAUUAUUAUGCAAA